AUGCUCCGCCCAUCCCGCGCCAGCCGCCGUUCUGUCGCCUCGCCCGCUCGUUCCGGGCCUCGGUGGUCUCCGCGUGCGUCCCCUGCUCCCCGGUCUCCCUCGUCCUCCCCGUUCGCCCGCCUUUCCCCGCCUCCGGCCCCUCCUAUCGACGUAGACAUGCUGGACGCGGUGGCCGCCGACUCCGACGAUGCGGAUCCUCCGCUUCUCCCCGAGGCGCCCCUCCCUCUUUUCCUUCCGUCGCCGUCCGCUCGUGGUGAGUCCCCGUCGCCGCCUCCGUCGUUUCCGCGGGGACGAGCCGUUCCUCGUCGUUUCCCGUCCCCUCCCCCGAUCGCCGUCCUCAGCCCCGCUCCGUCCCCGUCUCCCGCCCCGAUCCCGCUCCACGUCGCCUCCCCCGUCUCAUCGUUCACCCUCCUCGCCCGCCCGUUGCCUCCGCCACUGCUCCUUCUCGUCCUGCCCCAGGACUCGUCGACAUCGCUCCGCCGCCUCCAAAGGGCGCAUCUUCGAGGAAGGACCGUAUCCGAUACGGGCCCUUCGUGUACAGUCCGGGCACGCCGUGCGAGAAAUGCGCCAGGCGCAAUCACGUUUGUCGCCGCGACGGGUACCCUGGCCAUGGCCAAUGGUCCCCCGCGUCUCCGGUACAUCGGCCUUCACGCCGACGUCUCCCCUGAGGUCGCCGCCCGUUACGACCACACACCCCGCAUUCCCCGUUCCACGACCGUCGAGGGAAAUCCGCCGGCUGACCUCCUGGCGUCCUACGCACCCCCGCCAGCUCGUUCCCCGUCUCCUGUGGCUGGCCCGUCCCGCUCCGUUCGUCGCCGUGUCCAGGACCUUGCGGGCGGCCUCGACGCGGUCGAGCGGUUCGUCCUUCGUCCGGGUUUGCUGGGCGCCCCCAACGAUGCGCGGGACGUGUAA